UGUGGCCAUGGCACCAGAUAAAAGUGGGGUCCGGGGAGAGCUUCCCACACAUCAUCAUUAUCCAACAGUUUGACUAUCAAAAUUAUGGGCAUAACCCGAAUAACACGCCAUCCCCAGUAUUACUUACAUGACGGUAGCGUAUCAAUUCAUGUCGCGGGCACCGUCUUUCGCGUACACAAGUACUUUUUUGAAAGAGAGUCCGAAUAUUUCCGGGAGAGAUUUGAAACAGCUGGGCCACAGGGAGAUGGUCAGUCCGACCAGGCAGCGUUUCGACUUGAGGAUGUCAAGGUCAGCGAGUUCGAGCGACUGCUGUGGGUAUUCUACAACCCGCAAUAUAGGUACGAUGAGCAACCCAUGGACCACUGGCUCACUAUCCUUGACCUGGCCACACGGUGGGAAUUUCCAGGCGUGCGGGACCUCGCAAUCCGGCAGCUGCAAAAGCUCGACAUGAAACCUGUCGAGCGAGUUGUCAUAUAUGAUAAGUACGACCUCGACAGAUCGCUCCUCUUGCCCGCCUACAUGCUUCUGUGUAAACAACCGAGUCGCUCCGUUGAGGAUGGCAAGCGGCUCGGCAUGCCCACCGUCCUCAAGAUAAACGAGGCUCGUGAGUAUGCACAGAGGUUUGCAGCCGAGCAAGGUUGUCAUAGUCCCACAAGUGCUGAUGCUGAAGAUGAAGAACUGGUCGAGAUUCUGAAGGAUGUAUUCGGUCUGAGCUAUUAAAUCACAGACUACUCUGAUGUAGGAUUAGGGGCUAUUGGGGACACUACAGUAAAAUAGAACUCUGGCUAUCUGGAGCUCAUCGCCGAUGAUCAGCAAUCUUGUACGACGUGUGGGUCAUUAGAAUAUAAGCGCUGAUCUUUGUUGCGCCCACCAAGGGCACGUGUUAAUGCCGCUCAUCUAGAAUUCGAAGU